GUGGCGCAGUUCACCAUGGAGCCGCAGCAGAAGAAGCCGACGACGGGACAGGAGCAGCGGCAGGAGCAGGUGCAGGAGCAGGAGGAUGAACUACCCAAUGAGUGCGUGAGUCAGUGCCUGCGGCAGCUGAUCGGUGAGCUCUGGCCGGAGCAGCGCCUGCUCGGGUGCACAGAGCUCAGACGGCAGCUGGAGCGUGCCAGCGCCAAGGGUGACAACUAUUUGGGCGUGGUGUGGCGCCUGCGUGUGCCACCCGAUCGCAGUCUGGUGGUGAAGCUGCCGCCGCAGAACAGCGUACGGCGCAAGCAGUUCUUCGCCCGUCCGUGCUUUCUGCGCGAGUCGCAGGCCUACGAGGAGUUCCUGCCGCUCGUGGCGGCGCUGCAGGAGCGUUGGGGCGUGCCCGAGGAGGAGCGCUUCCGGCAGCACGCACGCUGCUACCACACACGCCGGGACGAGCCCAACGAGUGCAUUGUGCUGGAGGAUCUGUGCCGCUCCGGCUUCCAGCUGCACGACCGCUUCAGUGACCUGCCCCUGCAGCAUGCAGCAAUGGUGAUGCGCGCCUAUGCCAAGCUGCAUGCCGUCUCCCUGGCGGCCAAGCGCCAGUGGCCCGAGAAGCUGUUACCCUUCCGCCAGCUGGUGGACAUCUUCGAGCAGCGGCGUGGCGACAUCGCGCUGGCCACGUACUUCGAGAACCUCAAGGAGAGUGCGCUCAGUGCGCUGCGCUCGCCCGCUGACGAUGCGUACGGCCUGCGGCUGAGGGCGUACUUUGCGCGGGGAUCCUACUUUGAGCUGCUGCUGCCCCUCAUCAGCGGCUCCAACUGCGAACCGUUUGCCGUGGUCUGCCACGGCGACUGCUGGAACAACAACAUCAUGUACAGACUCUCGCAGCCGCUCGAUCUGCGACUGAUCGACUGGCAGCUGAUGCGCUACGCCUCUCCUGUGACGGAUCUGGCCUACUUCCUCUUCACCUGCACCACGCGCGCCUUUCGACAGAAGCACCUGCAGGAGCUGCUCGACGAGUACCAUCGGCAGUUGGGGCAACAGCUGACCAGGCUGGGCGAGUGCGUGGAGCAGCUGCUGCCGCGGGAAGCCUUUGCGGCGCAGGUGCGCACCAAGGCCGCCGUGGGCCUGCUGCUGGCCAUGAUGGUGCUGCCAAUUGUGACGAUGCGGGGCCAGGAUGUGCCUGACUUGCAGGCUAUCAGCGAGCUGAUCGAAGCGGGUGGCAGCACCAACUUGCAGGGCGCCGGCUUCCUGGGCACCGGCAACGAGCAGCUCUACAAGCUGCGCAUGCGCGAGGUAAUCCUCGAUUGUGUGGACAACGACUACAUCUAGGAUGGCUGACUUACCCGCUGCUGCUGCUGCUGCAGCUGAUGGUUGCGCGACAUCAUCAACUGUUGGGGAUUGAGGCGCAGCCGCUUGGCGCUCUUGGCGAAGCGUAGCGUGGAAAUGGUCUCGCUCAGGUCGCAGGCAUGCGGACUGAUGCACGCGAGGAGGGUGAGGUACGACUGCGAUGUCAGCGACUCUACGAAAUGAGAGAUUAAAGUUUAAACAAU